CAUUACCCCCUAUUCCGUGCAAUCUGCUGCUUUCUAUUCCGGAAGGAAAGCUCAGAUUUGCUUCCGUUUUGUUUCUCCCAAUUUCUUUUGCCCUGUUUUACCCUCCCAACCCGAAAGCCACCUCCAUCCUCUCCCUCCCAACAUCAAACAGAACCGCCCCUUACAUUUUCCUUCUUCUGUCCCGUCAAUUUUUCUGCUUGUUUAUUGUUUAAGCUCCAGGAAAAUCGAAGAGGCCUCAUCAUUUUCGAGCAGGAACUAGGGCUCUGACAAGGUUUUUGAUCUCAAAAUUCUGACAAGGUUGCCUGUAAGUGGGUCUCAAGAUUUCCUUGAUCUCCAUCCUUUCUGGAUAAAGCCAAUCCCAAGUGGAAAUCUGCCUCCUGGUUUUGAUCCUGUUGAAGGUUGCAAGCUUAAUUCUCUGCCUCUGGAAGUGUGUUAUUGCUUCCUAUUGAAGCGGCUUGUUUGAUUGCUUCCUCCACCCACAGUUGAGCGUCUUCUUUUCACACAAUCACUGUGCUCUUGAUGGAACCUACAUCAAGAUUAAGGUUCCAACAGUUGAUAAAUAUGCUAGGCGUUUGUACACUUGAUAUGCAAGUUGUUUAUGUUCUUCCUGGUUGGGAAGGUUCUGUUGCUGAUGGACGGGUUCUUCGAGAUGCCAUUAGUAGGAGACAUAGACUAAAAGUUCCUCAUGAUAAUUAUGUCAAGUGUUUCAGAAUCAAAUGUUUCUUCUCAAGCUUCUCGAGGAACAAAAAGGAAAUGGGUUCCAGAAGAAGAUGCAGCAUUGGUUUCCUGCAUGGUGGACUUGCACAAUGUUGGAACAUUUAAUGUUGAUACCGAGUUUAAAGCCGGUUAUUUAAACGAGUUGGAAAAAAAUGCUAGAAAAGGCUUUACCUAAUGCAAUGUUGAAGGCUAGACCUAAUAUUGAAUCGAGGAUUAGGUUACUAAAAAGGGAUUGGUCAAUCGUGUAUGACAUGUUUAAUGACCAAAACAAUAGCGGUUUUGGUUGGGACGAGCAUAGGCAGCUCGUUGUUGCUGAAGAUGCGGUUUGGGACUCUUAUUUAAAUAGUCAUAAAGAAGCCGGUCAAUUCAGACAUCGUAGUUUCCCUUACUACAACCACCUUACUGCCAUAUACGUAAGAGAUCAAGCGACUGGGAAAGAUGCUCAAACAACCGCUGAUGUUAUUGAAGAAAUAAAUGUUCAGGAUGUACAUACUGCAGAUAUUAAUGAAGAAAGAAACGAAUUCUAUGACUGCGAAGCUGAUGUCUCUUUGGAUGAGAUGGAUGUUUCUGCUACGGAGCCGCAAACAGAUAGAAACCAAGGGGGUUCCUCAUCUUCAAAGAAGAAAAAAAAGCAUUCUGAUGCAACUGAUCAUUUUUCUUCUUCAUUUCAUGAUGCUACCACUUUAUUGGCGAAAAACAUGCGGGCCAUUGGUGAACAAAUCAGUAGGAGUAUUGCCUCUGAUGUGGUAGUUCAACAAAAGUCAGAAGAAUUCCAGAUCAUCCAAGAAAAAGCUACAAAUUUAUAUUCAACCUUAUGUGAAAUAGAAUGUUUAACAGUGGAUGAGCGGUAUCGAGCAUUGAGUAAAAUUUCAGAUCAUCCAACUCAAAUGCUCAUUUUCUUUAGUUUACCUUCUGAUGUGCGAUUGGAAUGGGUCAGAAGAUUUCUUGCUGACCAUUAAACUUCUUAUUUCUAUUAAUGAUAUUUUCAUAACUUUUUCUGUUUGUAAUAUUUGGGAUGGUAUGUCAUUACAAUCUUCUAACUUUUUGAUGUUCUAAAACUGUAUAACAUAUGGAUUAUGACAUAGAAUUUCAUGAAUUUCAUUUAA